AUGCACAAACAGUGGUUUAAGGUCAAAGAUGUGGAUGUAUUCAUCAGCCAUUCCUGGUCAUCUAGCCGCUGGGAAAAAUACCUGGCCGUCUGCUACUUUCUGAACCUCGGUUUGGCAGCAAAGGCGAUGCUGGCAUCUGUGCUGCUCUCGGAAAUCUUCAUGCUGAUUUGCCCCGAGGUGUCCAUCCACGUAGUGUUUUGGCUCUUGCUGGAUUUCCCUGUUGUUGUCUUCUUCUUGGUCUUCUUCUUUGGGCAGCACCUCACUUGCGGAAUCUGGGGUCCCCGCUUCUGGGUGGACAGGCUCUGCGUGGACCAAACCGAUGAGACAACGAAGACGGAAGGGAUCGCAGGCUUGCCCACGAUCGUGGCAAACUCCUCUGCAUUUCUCGUCUUCUGGGACAAGUCAUAUUUCAAACGGCUCUGGUGUAACUUCGAGGUGUCGAUUUUCGUGAAAAGCAACGGUCUCAGAAGCCUGCAUCUUGUGCCGCUGUGGCUCACUCCGUGGCUGCUGACGACAAUGUUGCUCUCUUAUGCUUCAGCUCGGCUCAUCUCUGCCUUUUCCGAGUUUGAUCCGAGCUUCGUCGUCGAUAACACCAGCAAUUUCCAAGGAGUUGAGGGCGACGCACUUGCAUUCGGACUACGUCGAGUAUAUGAAUAUGCGCUGCAAACAGAAACUUACGUGCUCUUCUGUGCACCACCCUUGCUGGUUGGUCUUGUUUCCUUCCAAAAGAAGUUGGAUGGACACCGAGAUAUGUUGGAAAGUAUGAACUCCUUCGAUGUACGAAGUGCCAAAUGUGCCGUGGAGCACGACCGUUUGGUCAUCGAGGCCCAAGUGGCGGAGCUUUUCGACGGGCUCGAGGAUCCCAUUAUCGCUGUGCCGAUCGAAGCGGAGAAUUCAGGCGAAGGCGACGACGAGCGGCAGGAGCUCAUCGACAUGUCCUUGACCUACUCAGCUCGGCUGGCCGUGCGCUCCGUGACCGGCUUUGCUACCCAUGAAGGUUGCCUGGAAGAGUUCAACAAGUAUGUGCGGGGCCCACUGCGUGAUGCAGUUGUCGCGGAUCUCGGGGACGUGACUGACAUACCAUAUACCGUUUGCAUGCUGGCCGGCUUCCCCUACACCUUGUCCUAUCCUCCUAUUCUUUGGGCCGGAAAGCAUACCUGGCAUGCCUUUGGCUAUCGAUCUGAAUUCGAGUAUGUAGCUGUGGGAUUCACUGAGUUGCUCUUCUUCGUGGUGGUUUCCCCUGCGGCAUAUCCCUAUUUGCUCCGAUGCGUGAAGUAUCUCGACGAGAGCUUCGACAGCGGCCUCUGGCGGGCAGCCGCAUCAUGCGGCUGCGGAUGGCUAACAUUCAGUAUUGUGCAGCUCGAGAACUCCGCUGCAGCUGCAUUGCUGGACAGCUUUAUCAUACUACAGCACCCAGCUUUCCUCUGCUUCUUUGUGCUCGCAGUCGUCGCCGCCAUGUUCCAACACUACAUGCUCUUCGGUUCAGGGUGGCAGCGAAAAUCCAGCAGAGAGGUUGGGAUGUAG